UACGGAUUGCAAUAUUAGUCGCCAGUUUCAGACAAGGAAAGUGCAAGCAUAUGUCGUCAGAUUAAUUUUAGAAUAAACAACGAAUUCCCACAAUAGCAAUGAACAAAGAAGAUGCCAUUCGCUAUUUUACAGAGUACAUGUCCACAAACCAGGACAUCUCUGCAGCUGUGGCAGCUAUCAACACACUCAUAGAAUACCUCAAACUUAGUCAAGCUGAGACGUUAGCUGGUCUAAGGGAUGGCUUGAAGGAAUGUAUCAGAUGGCUGAUGGAAACAGACAGUUCAGUGACAGCCAUCUCAUCAGGAUGUGAGCUCUUUCUAAGGUUCAUCACUCUUGCAGCUUUAGAUCACAAGAAUUUUGAUGAAUGCAAGAAGAUCCUAGUGAACAGAGGGAAUAUAUACCUAGACACGGUAGCUGGAUCAAGAGAUAAGAUUGCCAAGCUUGGUCAUCCAUUCAUCACACAUGGAGCUAAUGUUCUGACUCACUCCUACUCUAGGGUGGUAGUGAAGGUGUUAAUCGAAGCAUUCAAGGCUAAGAAACGAUUCAAUGUCUUUGUCACAGAAUCUUGCCCAGACAAAUCAGGACUAAAGAUGGCCAAGGAGUUAGAAGACAUUGGGAUUCCAACUGUAGUUAUCUUGGAUUCAGCUGCUUGUUACCUAAUGGAGCAGAUUGACUUGGUGAUAAUGGGAGCAGAAGGAAUCGUGGAGAGUGGAGGUAUCAUCAAUAAGAUUGGAACCUACCAGAUAGCAACCUGUGCCAAGGUGGUUAAUAAACCAGUCUAUGUUGUAGCAGAAAGUUUCAAGUUUGUUAGGAUGAUCUACCCACUCAACCAACAAGAUGUCCCUGAUGAGUAUAAGUACCCAGCCUCUAAGAUGAAGAACAAUGCAGAUCUAAACCAUGAGCAUCCACUCAUUGACUACACUCCUCCAGCAUUCAUCACCCUGCUCUUCACUGACCUAGGAGUUCUUACACCGUCUGGGAUCAGUGAUGAACUCAUCAAACUCUAUUUAUGAGGAUGGGUACUCUUCCUUUUUUGUGGUUAUCACCAUCAGCAGGCAUCAGCAGGCAUCUGCUAGGAACUCAUCAAACUCUAUUUAUGAGGAAGUCAUUCUUAUGUCCUGCCUUAACCUGUGAAUGUUCCUGUGAAAUGGGAAUGUUGCUCAGUAUUGACCGAGAUCUCAGCAAUGAAUUCAUCAAACUCUUUAUGAGGCAGGAUUAUCUCUCUGCCUUGUUGGACAGCCUGUCUUAGUUUGAUUCCUUGAUGAAUGUAACAUCGAGUUGUGGAUCUGGAUAUAUCACACAAGCAGGAAUCAGCAAUGAACUUGUCAAGCUAUCUUCUGUGAAAGCUAUAGACAGAUGGAACAUUCCUGUGAUCUGGACGUCAUCACGUCGGUCAUCACACUAUCAGGCUUAUAACUCAUUGAACUAUUUAUUAGGUAGAAUAUUCUGUCUAAAACUUCAAACAUACUGUCCAGGUCUUCUUAAAUGAUUUGAGGAUUGCGUGAUGGGAUAUCCUUGAAAUGUCACACCAUAAUAAAAAAAGGUGUGAUUAAAUGUAACUUGAUUUUCAACCAAUCAGGAUAACAUAUUUGGGACCUGUGAUUAAUUUCUUGAGUUGCAUACAAUUUUAAUUUUCUAUGCAAGGGGGCAUACUAGGGAUACUUCUGUUUUUGUCUGAACCUGGUUAAAAUAGACAUGUUAAAAAGAUAAAACAUAUCUUAUAGUACCUUCAACAUGAGUAAUGUAAUGUCAUAAAUAUCCAAGUAGUGAAUAAUUGAUUAGUGUUUGUCAAGGCCAUAUACUUCUUGCUUCCUUAAUGUGGAUUACUUUGUUUCUUAUCACUACCAGUCUUCCAUUAGCAGGGUUUAAAAUUACACUUGCCUGGGUGCCAUUGAUGUUUGAUGAUUAUUUUACCUGACUGCUAAGAAACCACCCAAUAUGGGGGAUAUUAAUAAAUGUAAAAUCAAGAGCCCUGCAUUGAUCUGGAAUCACUCCAGUUUCUUAAUAGCCAUUUACUGUAUCUUCUUUGAUAAGAUAUCAUUAGUUAUUGAAACAAGGGGUUGAUAUAUGAUAUGGCCCAAUUUAAAUUACUUUGAAAGAAGUGCAACUGUAAAGUACAAGAAGUAUCUAACUUUCUGAUCUAACAUCAAACGAAUAUAAUAAACUGGUUAUGGGAGCUUUAACGUACCGCCGUUUAUAGCACAUGGGCCUUAAGCUUAUCAGGAUCUCGUGCUAUCAAGAGCAUUAUAAAUGGUGGUUUGCUUUCAGUAACAGACAAAAUAAGAUAAUCAGUUAAAAUUAUUUCUUCUCUGAUAUUUAGAAAUUCAGAUAUGAGCAUGUGGGAAGUAAAUAACUCGUGCUCUGGCCAAUAGUAUGGGCUGGUAGACUAAGAAGAAAUCAUGUUCUUCAGAACUAUAAUAAAUAUUAUUAUGUUUCAAUUCAUGUGAAAAUAAAGUUGAAAUCUUUUAUUACACA